AUACCCUAUAUAAUAAUCCUAACUGCCAGAGCAGAUUAAAGCCAAUCCUUACUGUCAGUACAGAUCCAGAACAAUCCUACUGUCUGUGCAGAUUGCCUAACUGGAGAGGUAACUAAAACUGUUUAUGAACUAUCUUCAUUGCAAAUCAUUGAAUGUCGAUUUCCUUAAAAUACAAGCUGUGUGGUGUGCUGACCUCUCUGCGACCUCAUGGAGCUCAACGACCUUCCCGAGGACGAGCUUCUGUUGGUGCUGGCCUUGCUGGCGCCGGUCGACUUACUGCGUUGCCGCGCCGUUUGCCGUCGGUGGCGAGUCCUGGCGCUGCACCCCGCAGUGUGGAGGCGCCAGUCCUUCGUGUGGGAGAGUGAGGCCGAUGCCGCCACUGCCCGCUCCGUCCUGCGCCUGGCACCUUGCUUGGGACGUCUCUCCAUUGACAUGUUGGCUUUGCAUCAUGCCUUACCAGCGGACAUGGGGCACGUACUGACGACGACGGCCUGUAAUGUGCAUGGCUUGGAGUGCUUCGCCGACCCCUACAACACGCAUCUAGUUAUACCAAUUAUUGAAAGGCUGGGGCAUUGUGGGCGCCUGACGUCACUGAAGGUGACAUUUGUUCCCUUCGGUAACGGAUGGGAGGCGGCCUUGGGGACAUUGCUCCAACAUGUGCUGCAAACAGAAGGGUUGCAUUUGCUUCACGUCUUGAUAGUCGACGAGGACGCCUCACUGCAGCCAGUAUUUCCACCCAUACCGCCACAUAUUUCCGACGCCGCUGUUCCUGCGUCUCUGCGACGCCUCCAUUACGAGUACGAGAACUCGGGGGUUCUGGACCCGUUUCUGCAGCUACUACUCACACGGCACGCAGCCACCCUUGAGUCCGUUGGAGUCUGGACUGUGGACCCACGCGCGGGCGUGCUGCUGUCCGCGAUGCCUCACCUACGGAAGCUGGAGUGCCUGCUGCAGGAGGACAUGAGGGCUCUGGCGCUGCCGCCGUCGCUGAGGACGCUGGACCUGGACUUGUGCGUCCACCUGGAGACCGCCGAGCCAGGACGCGUCCCUGGGUUGGAGGCUUUCCUCCACGCCGCCGUGGUCCAGCUCGACGAACUGGUGUUGCGCUGCGGCCGCGGCUCGUGGACCGACGACCCGGAGGUGGUGGAGUUGGUGCGGUGCGUGGGGGGCGCGAGGGCGACUGGCAGUGUGCUGCGCAGCCUGGCCUUCCAGUCGGGCCGCGGCCACGCCACUGUCAUCUUGAGCCCCUUGGCGAGCGCGCUGGCACACUUGCCUCGCCUCGCGCGCCUGGACAUCGGUUGCCUGCCGACGGCAGCCUUCCUGGAGGCCCUCGACGGCGCGGUGCUGCCGGAGCUCACCGAGCUCACAGUGUGUCUGACGUCGCUCAGGGCGUGUGAACACAGGUGGAUGCACAGUGUCGAGGUGAGGGGGUUGAUGGGCAGGUACCCCCGCCUGCAUGUUGUAAUACAGUCAGUGCAGUACAAAGACGGCUGCCAGUGCAAGUUCUGCAAGAUGGAUUGCCACGACGUGCCCACCAAGGGACCCUGCCUCAUUUACAGCCAUCGGCGGGGCUCUACAUCUUGCGAGGUGAAUCACAAGUUGACCGUUGGCUCCGAAGUUUGUGCAGAAGUGUGUGUCAAUGUGAUUUAGUGUCGUAGUGUUCUGUUCCACUGUCGUCACUGCUGUAUUUUCUGCCGUAAUUUUACGAUGAACCACAAUGAAAAUGUCAAUGAAGAAGUGAUUUGUAAUAAAACUCCAUUUAUUGUUGAU